UCUGUCUCUUUCUAAAUGCUGUUUGUUCUGGGUUGUUCUCAUUCCUAAUCCAGACCUCACCCGGAUUUGCAAAAAAAAUUCCCAGGGGCUACAUGUGAAGGUUUUCUUGAAGGAACGUAAUGGAUCUGCAGGAAUACUUCAGGAGGAUCGGGUUCAGCGGGGUGUAUGACAAACCGGACCUGGCCACGCUCCGCACCGUCCACAAGCUGCACGUGAUGAGCGUCCCCUUCGAGAACCUCAGCAUCCACUGUGGAGAGAGGAACACCAUGGACCUGCAGAUCGUCUAUGAGAAGAUUGUGAGAAACCGUCGUGGAGGAUGGUGCUGUGAAAACAAUCAGCUCUUCUCCUGGGUGCUCAGAGAGAUGGGCUACAAAUACACCACGCUGGGGUGUAAAGUUUUCAACACUCUCAAAAACGACUUCAACCCCUUCAAUUCACACCUCAUUAACUUGGUGGAGAUCGAAGGCAAGCCGUACAUCGCUGACGUGAGUUUUGGAGUGUCGUGCCAGAUUUGGCAUCCGUUAGAAAUGAUCCCAGGGAAAGAUCAAGAGCAGCCAGCGGGGAUCUUCUGCCUGCUGAACGACGGUGAGACUUGGACGCUGGAGAAGACUGCGAGGAAACCUCUGAUCCGGAACGAAGCCUUCGCAAGUUCCAGCCUCGUCGACAAGCGUGUCACGAAGACGAUGUACUCAUUUUUGUUAAUCCCACGUGCGAUCGAUCAUUUCAUGAACACAAGCGAGUACCUGCAGACCAGCCCCGAGUCUCUCUUCACCCAGAAAUCUAUUUGUUCUCUCCAGACCCCCACUGGAUUCAGAGCUCUGAUUGGCUGGACCUACAGCGAAAUUACUUUUAAACCUGAGGAAGACAGGGACAUCAUUGAGAUGAGAGAUGUAGCUGACAGUGAGAUAGAGACUAUACUUAAAGAAAAGUUCAAUAUCGUUUUAGUUAAUAAACUGACGCCAAUAAACAACAAAGCUGCAUUUAAAAUGUAGGACAUCUCUAACGAUUUAGCUGUUACAGUUAUGAUAUUCCUUAGGAAUAAACCAUAGAAUACUUAAUGCCCAUGGUACCAUUAUGGCAGCACCACUGACUCCUGAAUGUCUUGAAGCAUUACUCCAAGAUGGAAAUAAAUUCUAUUAUUAAUCA